AUGUGUGUGGGCAGCUCACACAAGGGAAGAGCUGCAGGCAGUAAGGAGCUCUGUGGUCAUGCCGCGGGACCGCAAAGCUGCUACAGAAAUCCACUCGAGGAUGCCGCGCGGGACGCAGAGAGAGGAGGCGGAGACCCUCCAGACCCUCGCUUCCCUCUGUUACUACGGGCAACACCACCAGCCACUCCCCGGUUGGUCCAGAGGUGGACCGUGGAGUGUGAAGACAGACUGAGGGACUGUUUUAACUGCACAUUGUGGGAUGAACUGUGCGACCACGGGGACGACAUCAAUGCCAUCACGGAAUGCAUAACGGAUUACAUCAACUUCUGUUGUGAAAUCGCUGUGCCUUCCAAGAUGGUACGAUGUUUCUCCAACAACAAGCCGUGGAUGAACACUGAGAUUAAGGCCCUGCUGAAGGAGAAGAAGAGGGCCUUUCUAUCAAAGGACAGACAGGCACUGAAGGAGGUACAACGGAGACUGAGGCUGAACAUCAGGAAUGCAAAGGCCCGCUAUAAGAACAGGAUAGAGGAACAGCUGAGCCAACAGGCAGGGAGACCCACCCCUCCCUCAGCUCACACUGCAUGA